AAACUGCACAAAGACUACACAGAAGCCAUGAUGAAAAUGCAGAACUUGCAAGCAAGCAAAACAGUAACAAAAAGCAAGUGAAAACGGGGACGAACGUGCUGGACUUUUCCCCGCCCUCGGCGUCACACGAGGGGUCUGAGCAGCACGCGGUAUCCUUGCGGAACCCAGAGAAGACUCCCGGGAGAGAGAGACUUCAGAUCUAUAAGGUAAAUGUUGAAGACACCGUUGAAAUGUUACCAAAAUCGAGAAGAGCACUUACCAUUCAAGAGAUUGCGGCAUUAGCCAGAUCUUCAUUACAUGGCAUCUCCCAGGCGAUGAAGGACCAUGUGACACGGCCCACAGGCAUGGCCCAGGGCAGGGUGGCCCACCUGAUAGAGUGGAAGGGCUGGUGUAAGCCCACUGACACCCCCGCAGCUCUGGAGUCUGACUUCAACAACUACUCUGACCUCACCGAGGGAGAACAGGAGGCCCGCUUUGCUGCAGGUGUGGCAGAGCAGUUUGCCAUAGCGGAGGCUAAGCUGAGAGCCUGGUCGUCUGUGGAUGGAGAUGACUCUAAUGACGACUCGUAUGAUGAGGACUUCAUUCCUGCCAACGAGCCCACAACACAAAGCACAGAGGUGCCUCCUUACCUGAGGGACAUUCUUCAAAGUCAGGUGUGUCAGCACCUGGGUCUGCGGGGGCCAUGCUGUGAGGGGGCAGGAGGAGGAGAGGGGGGAGAGAGGCCCUCUCCCACCUCCACAGACACCCUCUGCUCCAGCCUCUAUAGCCUGAAUGAGCAACACCCCUUACUGCGAGAUCUCACCCAUCACUGCUGCAACAACUACGGUAACACCGCCGAGCUGGCUGCCAAGAUCCUCUCGGCCCUGCAAGGGGGGGAGGAGCUGCUGUUGGCCCGCCUCCAGAGGGUGGGGCAGGGGGUUAGAGGGGGAGGGGACUUCAACAACCUGGGGGGUGGGAGGAGCCGGCCGGGGGGGGAGGAGUCACCUUGCUACUCUGUGACCUACUCCGAGACCUAUCUGUCGCCCGGGGAAGACGAAGGUACGCCCUGCAAAGACUAUGAGGGCACCGUGGGCCAGGGAGAAGGACAGCGCGAGGUGUACCCACCUGACUAUGCCACCCACAGGAAGGUCUCAGAUGUAGCCUCCUCCGGGGUGGUGUCUCUGGACGAGGAUGAAGAGGAGGAAAAGGAGGAGGAGGAGGAUAGGGGGAGAGAGCAGAGAAACCAAUGACUACCCUGUCAUUGAUUUUUGUUUCAUCAGUUGUUCAUCUCUCCGUCCCUCCCAUGGCCUCUGACAUGUCUCCGUCCCUCCCAUGGCCUCUGACAUGUCUCCGUCCCUCCCAUGGCCUCUGACAUGUCUCCGUCCCUCCCAUGGCCUCUGACAUGUCUCCGUCCCUCCCAUGGCCUCUGACAUGUCUCCGUCCCUCCCAUGGCCUCUGACAUGUCUCCGUCCCUCCCAUGGCCUCUGACAUGUCUCCGUCCCUCCCAUGGCCUCUGACAUGUCUCCGUCCCUCCCAUGGCCUCUGACAUGUCUCCGUCCCUCCCAUGGCCUCUGACAUGUCUCCGUCCCUCCCAUGGCCUCUGACAUGUCUCCGUCCCUCCCAUGGCCUCUGACAUGUCUCCGUCCCUCCCAUGGCUUCUGACAUGUCUCCGUCCCUCCCAUGGCCUCUGACAUGUCUAAACCUGUCUGCAUGUUUUUUUCAUGACUUGAACUCUUACUGCAGUGUAACCUCUCUGUCUUGGCGUCAUCGCAUCAUGUCGAUCCCCUACCCGCCUGCCCCCUUGACCAUUUGAUAUGUAUCAAUAUAUUUUUGUCUUGAGGCGUCCAAACAAUCUUUUCUAUCAAUGUGAAGCAGGAGAGCAGGACUGGCUGUCACAGGUAACAAGCCCAACGAUUGGUCUGUGGUUUCAGGAAGGAGCUCACGGAUUGGCCAGUGUGGUUCAGUGCUCCAGCCACCCACAACAAGAAAGCGAGUGACUGCUAAAAAAUGAAAGGGACACAACUGACAGGAAAAAGACUGAACCUUAAAACUCUGAAAUAUCUCUGCAUGUGUUUGCAAGUGCUGAACUGAACUUGUGUGCUGACCUGGUCUUGAGCACGUCGGUUUUGUAGUUUGGGCUGUUCUGUAUAACCCCUCCCUUCCUCUGCCCCCAACCAGAUACAGUAUAUCCCAUUGGUGGACAGGUUCCACUGCAUCCUGAAACCUGAAGCCCUUCCUCUCCUUUGCAAGAGAUGUUGGACACGUUCCUCUGCCCAAGCGUUGCUGACGCAUGCCAGAUCUUACAAUGCCUGGAUAGGUAUUUUGCGUAUCAGCUAACCACAUAUGAUCCACCAAUCUGGUGCCCGACAGCACAGUCGAUGACGUGGCACGCAACCAUUGGAUGAUGCAUGCGAUGUCUGAGAAGGGGAGCGCGACCCCUAGCAUCCUUCUGGGCAUGGCUUGCUGAGUAUGCCAAACUACCGUAUGUAACCUGUCACCAACAGUUAUGAGCAAAUGCUGGAAUGUCUUAAAAGUGACAGGAAAUAUGUAUUUUAAAAACAAAAAAAUAUUUGUCACAAAUGAUGACAGAAAUGAUAUGUUUUUAUUGUACUAGUUUUCUAUCAUUCAACAUGUUAUUAUAAUUAUUCUGAAUAUCAUUAUGACUAAACAUCAUAAUGACAUACUAUAGCUACCAUAUUUUGUUUUUGGUUCUAUGGUUUCCUAUAUGGAAUUCUUAAGACCAAUGUUUCUCUUAAAAAACAACGAAGACAAAAACACAAAUAGAAUGUUCCAGAAGUGACCCUUUGAUGAAAGAGAUGCUGUUUGGUGGAGAAAUUGUUGUACAGAAACCUAGUUUCAGUGAAGAGGUGUUGCGUUGCAUUGGAGAUUUUCUAUAUUUUUGUAUGCAUUGUCUUGCUUUAAUCUUUGCCUAUGCGGCGUGCCUGUGUAUGUGGUUUUUGCACGAAGCUAACGUGGCUGUAGAUUUCUCCUUUCUUUGUUAUCACUGUGUGAUAUAGUAUACCGGGAAAAAAAUACAAAUAUGAUCAAAAAAAUGUUUAUUUAAUUUUGAAAGAGGAUACUGUGAUACGGUUUGUUAUUGUCAUGAUCCUCAAUGGGAAAAGUUUCCUUUUCUUUGUAAUUAUAUCGGACUUCUUUCUUUCCUGUUCAUAGCUGCUCCUAAAGCAAAAUUCCAAGUUAUUUCUCUUUCCAUUCUUUUUCAAAGGAUGUCAGGAAAAGGGCAUUUUUUGUAAAUAUAUCGAAAUCAUUCCAUUGGCAUGGUGAUCUGAGGAACCUUAAAUUGGUUCGGUCAGAGGGACUGUCACUCAUACAACUCAGGAAGUCCCAUUGGUUCAGAGCGUCAGUAUAUCCCGCCCCUACACAAUGAGCCACUGCUCACUCAUCCUCUUUCUCAGCGAGCGUGUGUGUGUGUUGGGAAAUGUAUUCACGAUUAAAGCACAGAAUUAGUGUUCAGCUCACCUCUUCAACCCUUCACUGAUUGUUCAUGAAAGCCCUUGUGUGUGUGUGUGUGUGUGUGUGUGUGUGUGUGUGUGUGUGGUAAAAUAUUACAGUCAACUAGCUUGCAUUUGUGCGUCCGCUCCAAAAACCCCUAAUGCAACGAUUCCCUUUUAAACAGUGUUUUAGUAUAGCAAUGUUCUGACUGAAGAUCAAAGGCUUGGCCUACAUGAUGCUUUUGGAAAGGACAUUAACAGACCAAUCACCGUUCUCCCUUUUUGGAAACUAAAAAUGUGUUUUAGACUUUCUGCCAGAGAGAUGAUUAAAAGUAGAGGUGGUGUCAUACAUUUUAGCAACAUGAUUUGAAAUGUAACAACUGAAUUAUUUGAUGAUGACACUAACAACUGGUGGAUUGAAUGAGUCUGAAACACACAUUCAACUCAGGGGAAACCAUUACGGCUGUGCCUUCAUUUAUAAACUUUGACCUCUGAUUGGUCAUACGGUCAGGUCAGUUCCAUUAAUUCUGUCCAAUGACACCCACCAUUGAGCCAUAGAUCCGCUUGACAUCCGCAACAUGUGGACAUUUAUAUUAUGGUUCUACACAGAACUAUUCACAAUGUAGAAAGACACUUUGACAGCUGGGUGUUUUUUCUAGAAUGCAUCUUGUAAUGCUUUCUGAUUCUAAUGCAGUGUUCUGUGCAUCCAUUUAUCAUGGUUGAUUAGACUGUUUGGAGUACGAGUUUCUUACUUAGUGGUCUGCUCACUGUUCUUUUAAGUUCGAGUUGCUAAUGUUUAUCUUUCUGCCUCUACAGCUGUACGAAGUUGCUCAUAUGGUAUUGGACCUCCUCUUUGACAAGGUCAAGGGUUAAAAGUCACUAGAGUUGUGUAUGGUUAGAUCCUGUUACAUCUGUUUCCAGCUUGUCCUGGUGUUUAGAGGAUUGGAGGGUUUGAGUAUUGUCUAUUUGGAGGGAUACUGCAUCAUUGUCCUUUCACUGACAUUACAGAGAGGGGAUGUUUGCGUCCGGGGCAAGGUUGUGAUUUUGUCCUGAUGCAACGACGUGUGUUGCAUUGUUUUCUGUCCCCCCUAGUCUGGCUGCAUUGCGCACUCACUGAACGUGUCCCCCUGGUGGUGUGUGACUGGCACCUUGGUUCCGGGCAUCUCAUUCACACACAGCUGUCACACACACUCUCCCUCUGUCUCCAUCUGUCUAAUAUUCUCUCCCCUUUCUCAUCCCCUUCUCCUUUCUGUCUCUGUCCCUUUGUCUCCUGCAUCUCCUGUCUCCCACUUUCACCCUCAGGCUGUUUCCAUCUCCUUCUAUCCCUCCUCUCUCUUCCUCCCUCUCCCUAUCCUUAUUCACAGGAGCCCUCUUAUGUAACUGGGGGACGGCAGGGCUGAGUGCUACCUUUGCCGACAGGCAAUUAGCCAGCGAUUAUGAAAAACAACUGACGGACACGUAGAGCAAUGGGAGAUGUAUAUCUCUCUUUAUUUUAUCCUCUCCUGCUAUGUGUCUCUUUAUCGUUCCUGUCUCUCCUUCUGUCCUAAUACUAGUCUUUUGAGGUUAACUGCCCUAAAAAGCUGAUGGUGGUUGCUGUAAGAGGCGGGUGAUGUAACGGGGUGGCGCCACUGUCCUGUGAUUGAAUGAAUGUCCUAUGAUUUAUACUGCGUCAGCCAAUGGGAAUGAGUGUCCCUUAGUGUGGCACAGAUGGAUUUAAAAGGAGGUGUGUGUGCGCGCGCGUAGAGUGAGAGAUUGGAGAGAGUGGCAACAUGUUCUGUGGGUGGCCUGUUGCUCUAGGCCAGUACUGACAUUGGGCACUAAUCACAGACUUUGUGUGAUAGACAUGGCCGGUGGCAGUGGCGAGUGGGAGGAGGUGAUACACUAAGUUAACAUUUUAUUCUAAAAUCAGGGGUAUUAAUAUUGAUGUUAUAACAGCCUCCGCUCUUCUGGGAAGGCUUUCCACAAGAUGUUGAACAUUGCUGCGGGGACUUGCUUCCAUUCAGCCACAAGCAUUAGUGAGGUCGGGCACUGAUGUUGGGCGAUUAGGCCUGGCUCGCAGUUGGAGUUCCAAUUCAUCCCAAAGGUGUUCAAUGUUGUUGAGGUCAGGGCUCUGUGCAGGCUUGUGUGGCCUACCACUUUGCGGCUGAACCGUUGUUGUUCCUAGACGUUUCCACUUCACAUUAACAGCACUUACAGUUGACCAGGGCAGCCCUAGCAGGGCAGAAAUUUGACGAACUGACUUGCUGGAAAGGUGGCAUCCUAUGACGGUGCCACGUUCAAAGUCACUGAGCUCUUUAGUACAGGCCAUUUCACUGCCACUGUUUGUCUAUGGAGAUUGCAUGGCUGUGUGGUGGAUUUUAUUCACCUGUCAGCAAUGGGUGUGGCUGAAAUAGCCAAAUCCACUAAUUUGAAGGCGUUUCCACAUACUAUAGAAUAUGAAUAUUCAGUCUGUAGUCCCCCAAUUGCCCUCACCACCCCACACCCACAGGGUUGACAUCUAAACACAACAGGCCUGUUGAACAUCUAGAUACUCCAGGCCCUCUGAACAUCUAGACACUACUGGCCCUCUGAACAUCUAGACACUACUGGCCCUCUGUUUAACAUCUAGACCCUACUGGCCCUCUGUUGAACAUCUAGACCCUACUGGCCCUCUGUUGAACAUCUAGACACUACUGGCCAUCUGUUGAACAUCUAGAUACUACUGGCCCUCUGUUGAACAUCUAGAUAUUCCAGGCCCUCUGUUUAACAUCUAGACACUACUGGCCAUCUGUUGAACAUCUAGAUACUACUGGCCCUCUGUUGAACAUCUAGAAACUACUGGCCCUCUGUUGAACAUCUAGAUAUUCCAGGCACUCUGUUUAACAUCUAGACACUACUGGCCCUCUGUUGAACAUCUAGAUACUCCAGGCCCUCUGUUGAACAUCUAGAUACUCCAGGCCCUCUGUUGAACAUCUAGAUACUCCAGGCCCUCUGUUGAAAAUCUAGAUACUCCAGGCCCUCUGUUGAAAAUCUAGAUACUCCAGGCCCUCUGUUGAAAAUCUAGAUACUCCAGGCCCUCUGUUGAAAAUCUAGAUACUCCAGGCCCUCUGUUGAAAAUCUAGAUACUCCAGGCCCUCUGUUGAAAAUCUAGAUACUCCAGGCCCUCUGUUGAAAAUCUAGACACUCCAGGCCCUCUGUUGAACAUCUAGACACUACUGGCCCUCUGUUGAACAUCUAGAUACUCCAGGCCCUCUGUUGAACAUCUAGAUACUCCAGGCCCUCUGUUGAACAUCUAGAUACUACUGGCCCUCUGUUGAACAUCUAGACACUACUGGCCCUCUGUUGAACAUCUAGACACUACUGGCCCUCUGAAUAUCUAGACACUACUG